AUGUAUCACGUUAGAAAAGAGAGAUUGUAUUUUUACUGUACAGUUUUAUCAAACAGCCUGCAACAAGGAACCUUCUCACCCAGGCCAUCAUACUCUGUGAUUGCAAUUGGAAUCAGACAGGCUGGCAAGUCAAUGCUGUUUGCAAAGCUGAGUGGGACAAUUCUGAAAAAACUUGAGCCCACUGUUGGUAAGCUCUUUUUGCGAGUGUCUAUGUUUGAAUAUACUUUUCAGAUUUAUCACUUUGAGUUGACAUUUGUUAAAUGUCGGAAAAAGUUUAUUUAUAGUGAUGUUGGUGAACACAUGAUAACCAUUUUACUCUCAGAAUCAGAGAAAAGAUUCUCCCAGUUUGUUUAGUGACAUUGCUUCAUGGGCUAGUAGGAAGAAUUUGGUUGUAUAUCAAGGCAGUAUCCCUUACUUCUGAGCAGAAGAUAUUUACAAACCACCCUUGUUAACUUUUUGAUUUAAUUCAGGAAAUUACCUUGUACAAAAAUGAUUGGCAUACGCUCAGCGGUACUCUAAAUCAGUAAUGUAUUUCUGAAAUGGCUACGAUAGGUUUCUCUGUGAAAGCUGUUCAGCUACCCAGUGCUAUUCUAAAUGUUAAAGAACUUGGAGGUAAGUACAUGACAGCAAAGUUACUUGUAAUAACAACGAUCAUAACUCUUAAUAGAUCACAACUUUCAAAGAAAUCCAAAGAGGCUGGAGUUAAAGGGAGCGAGUUUUCAAGUGUACAAUUAUAAAGAAACUGAAAUCAGGGCAUUUCUUGCACAAAUUUAGAAUACUUUGACCAAAGGAGUUGACUUACCAAAAAACCAAUUAGCAGCGUGCAUCUUUUUAGUUAUUGAAUUUCAGAUGAUCGUCAUUUUAGUUAUGGUACUGAUGGUAGAAUUUUUCUGAAUGAAUGAAAUUAUUUGUUCAUGAAUUUAUCUCACUUUGCAUAAUACGUGGAGACAAAAAAUCAGAAAAUACUGCCACACUACUUUGGAGAAGCUCAGUGGAAAUUAAGAAAAAAACCUAAGCUUAUUUUAGAGCUAAGCCGAUGAGGAAUUCAGUUUCUGUGCUUACAUAGUCUCAUCUGAACACAAGGGGGGCUGGGAAAAUUUGUGAAAGUUUUGCAAACUUUCACGAAUUUUCCCAACCCUGCAAGUCUGUAGAUAAGGCCUUGUAAACAUGAAAAACAUCCUCUUUUGCUUUUAUAAAAUAUUUCUCAGAAGUGGUAUUAGAAUGGUGUUUACAUACUUUGAGAGCGUGCGACCCUGGUGAAAAUCUUUGAAGCAUCCUAAUGAGGUUGUUGUCAAAGAUAGGGAUUUGUAAAUGUGUUGAUCAGUUUUGAUGAAUUAGUAUCAGGAAAAUCUGUUGCGCAAUUCUGUCUCUAUUGAUACUCAUGAUCAAUAAAUCAGACUCCUGAUUUAUUUUUGUUUUAUAUUUUAACCACACCUACGACUACAGACUAAUUAAACGCUAAUUAUUAGAAGGCCUUGUACCAAUCUAUAUCUUUUAAUAUUACAUUUAUGUAAUCACAUAAAACAGCCUAUGUAGAACUGGAUACACCCUGCACAAACAUUAUAAAUAAGUCCAGAAAUGGAUGUAGUAACGGAAAAUUGUCAAAAUUGUCAAAAUUGUCAAAUCCCCCAAGCUGAUUUCGCUGGAUAAAUUUGACUAAAACUCGUCAAAAUUUUCAAUUCCGCUAAGCAGAUUUUGCUUUGACGAAUUCGACUAAAAUUUUCGAAAAUCGUCGAAUCCAUGAACAUUCACUUGGUUUGACGAAAUCUAAUUAAAUCUGCCAUUUUCAUUUCUGCAUACGUUUCUGGACAUAACAGCUGGGUAGGAAGUGUGCCUUGCUCCUUCCCGUUCCUGAGAGGAUCAAAGUAAGCCACACAUGAGAAAAUGGUGGAAAACAAACCUGUUGAUACAGAUAUAACUAAAUAAUGUUUGAAGGAACAAAGUAAUCCUUUAUUUGAAAAGUCUGUUUAUAACAAACAAUGGAAGAUGUUUAUUUUGGAAUUUUUAAAAUAAGGAUUAUUGAGUGAAUAUUAAAAUCCGAUUCAACAACCAAUAAUUUGCAGGUGUUUGUGGUGGACAGCUGUUGCAAUGAUGGUGAUGUGGAUUUAGCGGCAGCUGAAUUACAAGAAGUCCUGUCCCACUCCUCCCUGGAAUCCCUUCCUCUGCCGGUCUUAGCCAACAAACAAGAUGUUAAUGGAGCCCGCAGUGCAGACGAACCUAGCGGUGCAGGAUUAGAGAUGGUUUUAUUUGGUUCGUUUCUAUGGUAAACGAUGUAUAUCACAGUAAUCCACUACAUUUUUGACAAGUGGAGUCUUUUGCAGGUUAUUUUGAAUAAUUUUAUUGUUAAAAAAACAGAUGUCUUCUGACUCAACUAUUUGGUGAUUGGUAAAUGGCUGGUUGUCCACCUAACUAUGACCCUCUGUCAAAGGCAAUAACUGUUGUAAGAGACUGACAAGUCAAUAAAAAUUUCAAAGAAAUGUAACAUAGGGGGCUUUUUUUUCUCAACUGAACUUGGGAAACUUUCUGACCUACGCUGUAAGUGCCAAUCAAGCCCACAAGUGUUCUUAUCUUCAUUGUUUCAUAAUGUUUAUCUCAUUAAUUAAGAAUGAUUCGAGAAAAUGGGCGCGAUUACCUUUGAAUUUAACAACCCGAUGUCCUAUUACUAGUUGUUCGUGUCAAAUAACAAAGUGCAAGAAACUUUAAAGCUCUACACAAAAUUACAGCUAACUAGUAAAAGCUGGGGACUAUUCCAGGAGUCUUUACGUUUAUACAAGAAGAAUUUGACAGAGUAUUAUAUAAUAAGCUGAAUUAAUCACGUAUCUCGAUUAGUUCUUACUGAUGGUCUAUUGGAGGACAGACACUCAGAUGACGUCAGCACUAACAAUUUUUUGCUUUGUUUUAUUAUAAAAUGAAAGGAUUCUUUGAUGCCGUGGGUCUGCACAGCAAUAGAUCACAGGAGACGUCAAAAUGUGGCAAGGACAUCACAAUCAAACACAUCUUGACGUCAUAUUUGAUCUAUUGCUGAACAGACCCACGGCAAAGUGCAAUCCAUUUGUUAAUUGAUAUGUGAAUACGGCGUCCAAAGCGUAUGCGGAUGGUUGAUUUUUUAUCUGCGUCUUCAACUUUUUUAAUCCACAGCUGUCGAGGAUGAUGGGGUUGGAUGCGAUUGCUCGCAAGAGAAAUUGGCACAUACAAGCGUGCUCUAAAGACGACACGGAAAGUGCCAAGCAAGGACUUAGUAAACUAGUGUCAUUUAUCAAUCCUGACACGGAAACAUCGGAACAAAAUAGAUUAUGAGCUCAGGAGAAUGUUCCGACUAACGAAUGACAUAUUACAAAACAGAAAACUACUAACAUGUGUGUUAUUUCCACUUUAAUUUAAUCGAUUUCUGGGUUUCGGUGUCCUGGAGUUAUUUGUAAAGGUACUUGCGCCAUAAGUAUUAAUAUUAUUCUUAGUCCUAGAAGUAUAAUUAUCAUUAAUAGUGGUAGUAUUAUAAGUAGUAGUAUUGUUUUUAGUGGUGGCAGUAUUAUCCUCAUCAUUAUUAUAUUUAUUACCGCAUUUAAACCAAGGAACAAUAUGUAACUCUCAUUAAUAUAUCGAAACCUCCCGUUAGCAACUUGAUGUUGUUUCAGAUGUUAAAAUUGGUGCAAAAAUUUUCUUCUGGGAAAAGAGGGAUUGUUUUCAGUCUAAAGUUGAUCUAAUCUCUUCUUGGUCGCGAUAUUACGCGAGGAUUCUGAGAUGUUUCUUUUGAUGUGUCGGUACCCAUCCAUACUCGCAAAUUGUGUGUAAAGAUCAUCCGUUCAGAUCGAUUUCCAGCUACUACAACAGUUUUUUGCUUCUGACUUAUAAAUCCGACUUUUUAUUAAUUUAUUCUACUUCUUCGUUCGCGCAUUAGCGGUUAAAAAUAAUCAGGGUUUUGUUUGGCAAUGGCCCUCUCGUAAUAUCCUUAAACGGUUUGAGACACCUCCAGUUAUCCUCAGAAGUUGUUGAAGCAUACUCGUUAAUUUGCGGAAGUCAUUUGAACAUCUUCCGUAGUUUGCGGUUGUUGUCCGAUCAUAGUCCCGACAGGGUUAAGGGAAAUCUCAGAUUCAUAAGAAAUAAGCUGGCUGUUGUGAAUAUGUUGGAAGCCAGAAACUUGUGAAAUUUGUUUGGAAUAAAUAGAAUACUAAUCGAGCUCAUAUAUUCCUGUACAAAUGUAUAAAAGAAAAAGGAAAUGAGGAGAAAACUGAAGCUCCAAUCUUUUUUGAGG